GAGGGAGGAGAACGACAGCAGAAGACAGUUGAGGAGAUUGGGAUCAACCAGCCAGGGUGUCGUAGGGGGGCAUACAAGGAAAAAGUCCUUGGAUAGUUCAGUUUUCAUAAAAUUUUCAACUAAUCCACAAAUCGACAUGAUGCGACUGGAGCUGUUAUUUGUGCUGGCCUGGGCAUUUUUUGUUCCUGGAACGAACAGUAAAAAAACAUAUGGUGACAUGUUCCCUCACAAACAUAAGCUUCCUUUUCCAUUCCCAAUCCCUGGAUGGGAACCGGACACGAACCCUUGGGACGAAUCUCUGUAUCCCCCCUUCAAACCGCAGCUGACUCGCAGACAUGAAAAACCACCAAAGGUGCGUCUAACGAGUGACAGUCCUGCGAUGAAUGGCUCGUGCAUCUCUUUCACUGCUGCUCUGGAGUUUCCUCCAUGUCAGAAGGAGGACAGCAAUGGCAACCUGGUGUAUGAUGAACACUGUGAUGACGGUACGAUGGACACCUCAGCCAAUGGACAGCUGCGCUCAGGCUACGUGUUUAACUGGACAUCCUGGUUGGAUGACUAUGGCUACGGGAAGUGUACAGACCUAAAGAGAUGUAAUGUUUUCCCUGAUGGAAAGCCUUUUCCUCAGACUAAUGACUGGAGGCGCAGAGGUUAUGUGUAUGUGUGGCACACCAUGGGUCAGUAUUUUGAGACAUGUGAUGGCUCUUCCUCUCAUCUGACCCUGAACACCACUAACAUGACGUUUGGAGCUGAUGUGAUGGAGGUGAUGGUGUAUCGUAAACGCGAGCGCAGAAAGUACAGCCCACUUUCCACAGAUAAAUCUGUAUACUUCAUUACAGAUAAGAUUCCACUCUCCGUCAACAUUUCCCAGAAGGAAGCAGCCAGCAGAGCGGACAGAAACAUCUUUGUCAGAGGGUCUGAUGUUAUUUUCAACGUCCAGCUCCACGACCCCAGUAACUAUCUGAAAACAGCUGAUGCGGUGGACUUCAUUUGGGACUUUCGGGAUGGCAACCAGUUGGUGACACACAGCAGCGUGGCAACUCAUGCAUAUGACAUGCUUGGAAAUGUUACAGUCAAGCUCCUGGUAGAGGCAGCAUUUCGUGUUCCCUGCCCUCCACCGACUCCAACACCAGUGCACUUUACACAAGCUCACACCACAGCAAUACCAACUCUUCCUCCUGGCACUCACACAUUUACUAGCAAAAUGGAAACUACCAAAGCUCCCGUCAUCAGCAGUGCUUUACCCAUGACCACCACUCGAGUUCCUACAACUGCCAUCCCAACAACUGAACCCUUUCAGACUGACUCAGAGGUUACAGCAACUGCACCUGAGUCCAGCUCCAGCUACAACCAGCCCACUGCACCGCCGCUGCUCAAACACAAACACUUCCAGGAGUCAGACUGUUUCCGCCACAUGUACGGCUCCUUUGAAGGAGAGAUCAUCCUCAUUGAACGUCCUCCAGCUCUGCAGAACCUGCCGGCCAAUCAGAUUUUAAAGGUGUCUGCAGACAAAGUGAGCAACACAUCAGUAAACUUCAUGGUGACCUGCUCAGGAAGUGUUCCCUCAGUAGCCUGCACUAUAGUGGCCAACUCUGCCUGUCGGGAGGUUAAGAACAUUGUGUGUGAGGACGUGACCCCUUACGACGAAGGCUGUAAGAUCAGUUUGACGCGCAUUUUUCAGACGCCCGGCACUUACUGCAUCAACAUCACGCUGGGUGUUCCUGGAGGACUCGCUCUCGCCACCACAACCUCAAUCACCAUCGGAAACAGCCCUGAUAAGAACUCUCCUAAAUCCCCCCAUGUUGCCGAGGUGGUUCUGUCCUCAAGUGCUGUGCUUAUUUGCAUCUUCGCAUUCAUCGCCUACAUGGUUUACAAGCGCUACAAGGUGUAUCGUCCGGUCAGACGCUCAAUGCUAGAGGAUGCAGAGAGGAAUACUGAUAGCUGGGGCUUAGGCAAACUUAGAGCAGUUCUGUUCUCAGUGGAUGAGGAAAGAAGCUGUUUAUUGACCGAAAAGCCACAAUAGGCUGACCUGAGCUGUCGUAGUCACCAGUUUCUACGGGUGCUACUUAUUUAAUACAUCACCUUAGCUGUAAAACUAUAAAAAAUACAAGUGAUAGGUGAGUGCAAGGGCGUAGAAUUGAAAUAAAUAAAGGGGACAUUUGUCCUCACCAAUAUCCACCAAUUACUGACAUGUCCCUGCCAAUUAUUGAAUCGACUUCGAAAUAAAAUAAUGCUCUGUCAACCCUUAGUAACCUACUUGUGCACAAAGGGUCAAGUUUGCUAUAAGUUUACUAUAAUACUAUUUACCAAGGCUAUGCAAAUACUCAAAAAUCAGUUUGGAUUUUGGCCUCCAUGAUUAUGACAAACAAUAAUCAGAAUAAAACAGUAAAAUUGCAUCACACACCUCUCUAAAUUUCUCUACAUUCAUGUAUAUUGAAACCUGAUUAUUUACAACAUGUAAGUGUUUAUUUUAUACUAAUAAGUACUUUAUUCAUGUUUUCAAAAGUGCAAAAACUAUUUUUGCACUGCAUGCACUCUAGGGAUGGAUAUCUUCACCAAUGUCAAGAGCAAAUCUUCGCUCUUGGGUGAGUGUAUUAAUAAAGAUUGGAUUACACUGGCAUCUUAUCAUCAGCUUAGCAAGAAAAAAUAAUAGUAACAUUUCAGCAUGAUAGACUUUGAACUCUUCAUAGGGUACUCAUUAGAAAAAAAAAGUGUUAUUGGGGGUUAUUACAAGAUUUUUUAUGAUAAAGACGUUUAUGACUUAACUCUUGUGUGCUGUUGGGCGUUUCCAUCCAACGGCACACAUCCAACUGAGUGAUUUUGAGUCCUAAUUUGGCCACAAUUUUCUGUGUUAGAGAAAAUUGAAUGAUUUUUGGUGACAAAUCUUAUUUUGACACAAAUUUUGAAAAAUGCUUUAAAAAUGUAAAAAUCCCAAUAUGAUCUGGGCAAAUUUACUACCCUUUCAUAAUGUUAGUGGCUGUUUUUGGCUUUCAUUAUUUUAUUUCUUCCAUUACAUUGCCAUUUUUUGGCAUGACAGCACAGCACAUAUUCAUGCAUUCUUAAUUGUUUUUCUUGAUGGUUUUCCCCAAUGGGAAGAAGUAAAAUUAGAUUUUUUUUUUUAUUCAACAGUGGUAUCAUCAGUUAAAACCACUUAAUACUAAAAUCACUUUAAAUAGGUGACAUCAAGUUUUGCCCAACUGAAUUGUGGAUCUGUCUGCGCUGUAGAACUUGGAAACUUUUAGUCUGAUCUCAUGAGGAAACGUAAUUAUUUUUCGUUUUGUCAGUUUAGUAUCUAAUUCAUACAAAUUCAUUUUCAGUCGUACAAAAAUGUACGAUUUUAAAAAGGAGGCGUGGCACCCAAUCUCACACCUAACCAUCAUUGGGUGAUGAGCAUAUUGUACUAAAUUGUACGAAUUAGAUCAUACGAAUUCAUACGAAUUAGCCACUUAAUUAAAAAGUUUCAAAUUGGCAUGAGAUUGCGUUGGAACUUUUCAAGAGCCAACAAAAGCAUCAGCCAAUCGGAUCACUUUAUGCAAAUACCCCAGCUCAAACAGUAGUCGAUUGCAGACUAAUUUCAUUGGCUGCUAUGAUGAUAGCAUCAGACCUAACUUCAGACGCUGAAGCUCCCUGUGAAUCGGCCGUUAGAGAUAGGCCUGUACCAAAAAAAAAAGUUUCUCUUACAUUAUAAUGCAAGUCAAUGGGGCAAAAACAGCAACUAACAUAAUGAAAGGGUAGUACAUUUCAACAAUACACAAGGGUCAAAAAUGAUAUAUUGUAAUUAGUGUCACUGAAGUUUGGAUUUUUUAUCUGCUUAAGAGUUAAAGGAUUAGAUAAAUUCUGCUAUAAAUUACUCACUCUCAAUUAGUUCCAGCCCUUAAAAACUUGGUUCAUCUUCAGAAAACAAGUUAACAUAUUUUAGAUGAAAUUCAAGAGUUCUCUCAUCCUCCAUAGAUAGCAAUGGUCUGGAGAUCUGGAGACAUUCAAAGAAGAAGCCUGCGUGGGAUGGAUUUUUCAGUUCCGCUCCCACAAAAUACAGCAGUCAACACGACGCUAAUUAAAAAUGUUUUUCAAAAUUGACAAUAAUGAGUGUUGUUCAAUAGUUUUAGGACAACUUUGAUGAAAGGUGUUGAUAAACUUCAGAUGAUGACUAUUGUAUAUUAUUUUCUCCCACUCCUUCCCAAAAUAUUCAAGUUUUGUCUCACUCCCAGAAAAGUAAGCAACAACAGUCAAAACAUUUCAUGUCACUCUAUUGGUUCAACUGUAAUCAUACAGCAGCCAAUACAAUGCUUGUUUGCACUGCUGACUUUGACAGUAAAUGUACACCCUGGCCUAACGAGGGAGAAAAGACGUAGACAAACGUCAUAUUUAGUUUUAUUUUACCACAAAGUGUUUUUGUACGACUACAGUUGAACCACUGAAGUCAGAUGGAAUGUUUUUGGUUUCUUUCUGAACUUUGAAUGUCUCUGGACUAUUGCCGUCUAUUGCAGAUGAUGAAAGGUUUCAGAAUUAAUCUAAAAUAUCUUAAUUUGCAUUCCAAAAAUGAACAAAUAUCUCGGGGAUUGGAAUGAAGAAAGAGAGAGGAUCAUUUUCAUUUGAUGUGAACUAAUUUUUUUAAAGGGAGACACACCAGAUCAGUGGUUUCCAAAUCUAAAAUGACUAAAACUACUAACUGACAUAUCACAGAAAAUGUAUCCUAUCAAGUUUGGAUUUGCUAAAACAAACUCACUUAAAUAUGAAUGACGACACUGCAUAUAGUUAUUGCUGAUGAAAACACUGUGGAAUUUGAUUUGUCAUGUUGAAUGUUUGUUCAUUUGAAGACAGGUGUUGAAUAAGAAAUGUCUGGAAACCGUCUGGAGAAGCUGGAUUUUGUUUUGAAUAUGUGACAGCAAUAUGGGACUUGUUUUGAAUGUUUGGUGACUGAAAUCAGAGCAAUAUUCUUGUAAAAGAUCCAGUGUAUUUUGGCUAAUGGUAAGCUUUAAUACAAUUACCUUUAUUAACAAUUUAUUUACAAAGCAUGCAUGAAUUAAGACAUGACAUAUGUUGAAUCACACAUAAUGCAGGAAUGCUUGAGUAUUUAAAGACAUCUGACAACACUUUUGGUAAAUAUUUAGCUCACCUAUUAUGAUGUACUACUCUUGUAAGUGCUGUUUAUGCAAAAUGAUACUAAUAAACUCUGGAGACUGCUAAU